AUGAGGGACCGGAUCCUGGGACAGUUAUUUGCAUAAAGUGUGAAAAAAUACUUCAUGGAGGCAUCGACUGCCUCAAAUACUACUUUGCAGGCAUAGACAGACAUGAUGCUAGAGAAUGCCAAGGGACGAAUCCUGAAAUAAAAAGAUAAAUAAAUGUCCUACUUGCAGUUGGCGAAGAAAAAAAUUGCAAAGGGAGAGGGCAAAGCUAGCCAUGAGAUCAGCCAUAGCUGAAUCUCAAGGUGCUUCUAUUGACAUUGAAGAAGAACAAGAAGCACUUGAGGACAUAGCGGGCUCUCUGUGUGGCCCACGUAUCCGCAAACCCACCACCACCUUGCCCAUUACUUUUGCUUCCUCUAGUAGAGUGCCUGGGGUUGGCAGUGGCAUUGGUGCAUCACAAUCAGGGUCCAUAGGUGAUUAUUUUGUGCCCAGGAACACACCUGGAGCACAACCAUCAUUAGAGGCCACUGGAUGGAAUAGGGAGGCACAUGAGAAAACCGACAUUGCAGCAGCUGGUUUUUGGUACUUCAACAACAUUCCAUUCAAUGUGGCAGGCAAUCCUUAUUGGCUGAAUUUGGUGACCACAAUGACAGUUGCAGGAAAGGGGUACAAGGCCCCUUCUCACAAGUGGGAGUUGCUCACAAAUGCAAUUGCUAGGGCAAAAGAAGUGGUGGAGAACCAAAAAAAUGAAUGGACGAAAUAUGGCUGCACCAUUCUUUCUGAUGGGUGGACAAAUGGCAAGAACCGCACCAUCAUUAAUUUUUUGGUUGCUUGCAAGGACAAUGUAGUGUUCUUGAAAUCAGUUGAUGCCUCUAGUAAGGUGAAAAAUGCAGAGACAUUGGCUGGAAUGUUGGAGCACAUUGUCAUGGAGGUGGGAGUAGAGAAUGUGGUGCAAAUCAUCACAGAUAAUGCAGCAACAUAUGUUGCUGUUGAGACAUGGACCAGCUAGGACUCGAACCUAGGACCUUCCAUGCGCUGCUGGAGUGCUCUACCACUGAGCUACUAGCCCCUCUUGGACCAAUCCAUCGUCGGUCCGAGUGUGGCUUAUUUCCAACACCAACACCAACACCCCCCCUUAAGCCACACCUCUCGUGUGCUUGGGGCUCCUAGCCUGGACUUGGCUCUGAUACCAUGUUGAGACAUGGACCAGCUAGGACUCGAACCCAGGACCUUCCAUGCGCUGCUGGAGUGCUCUACCACUGAGCUACUGGCCCCUCUUGGAUCAAUCCAUCGUCGGUCCGGGUGUGGCUUAUUUUCAACACCAACAGU